AUGGCGUUGUUAGCUAUGCAUGCCCUAUGUGCAUCCACUAUAUUAGUUGUUUUGACUACGACCUUUGCACUGCCAGUAUUUUUCGAGAAUCGAGAUGCAGAUGGUGGCAUGUCUCUACGGUACAAACGUCAGUUCUUUCCUGGGGGUGGUUUGGGUGGAAACGGUUUCGGUGGAAUGGGAGGUGGAGGAAGGGGAGGAGGACCAGGAGGUGGCGGAGGCGGAGGACCAGGAGGAGGAAAUAGAGGCGGUGGCGGGCAGGGUCCUGGUGGAAGAAACGGACCAGGUGGAGGAGGUCAAGGGCAGCAAGGUGGAAUGGGAGGAGGGGGCCCUCAAGGAAUGGGUGGAAGAGGAGGGCAACUAGGUGGAGCGGGUGGAUUCGGAGGGCAGCAAGGGGGAUGGGGUGGGCCUCCUCGUGGAAUGGGUGGAUUCGGUGGGUUCCCACGAGGGGGUGGAUGGGGUGGUCCUCCGCCGAGGUUUUUCGGAUGGGGUCGCUAA